AUGCUCCAAACCACCGCCUCUCUAGUUCCCCAGCUCGAAGAACUGCAAGUGAGGGAGGUGAACAGCGCGCUUUGCAAGGAACAUAUCUCACGCUUGACGCAUUUGCGAGCGCUGCAGCUCAUCGAUUGCCUAGUCGACGGGGCCCUCCUGUGGACGCUUGGUACCCUUUGCAGCCUCACCGAUCUGCAGUGCAUGGUUCAAGCCAUGGAAUUCGAUGCAGACAUCCAGUGUAGCCUGCCGCUCUUACGCUCUCUCACACUGCAGAGAACGCCAAUGGAUCUCCAGGCAUGUUCAAGCGCCAUCAGUUUCCCGCGUCUGAGCUCAGCCCACCUCAUCCUCCCCAUCAACACGCGUCCCAUUAGCCUGAGCUUCCGGCUGCGGAAGGGGCGCGAGAUCAGCGCGCCUUGGCGCCUGUAUACUGUCGAUGACCUCGUGCGCAUCCUGUUCGGACUGCACGGCAUCAGCGAGUUCACUUUCGAUGCACCGUACCUGCAGCUAGUGCUGACUGACCAGCUGGCUUUCGACAUUGCCGCAGCGUGGCCUGAGCUACGCUUGCUAGUGCUGCUGCGUGCGUCGCACGAUCUUGGUUCGACCAUGAUGCCUACUCCACAUGUGCUCGCAGAGCUCGCGCGGCGCCUUCCGGACCUCGAGGAAUUGGAACUGUGGCCCAUGGGCAUCUGGAUGGCUUUGUUCAACCCGUCGGCGUCAAAGAGUUCGACAAAUUCUCUCAACCUUGCUCCUGAGGGUUCACCUGUUUAUACCUCGCUUAGAAACACGGCUUCCCCCCCAAACCAUCCUGCUCCCACUGAGCCUCCCCUCAGCGAUGCUUCGCCGCUCCUUCCUGGACCCCGUCAGUCGAGUCGAGUUAUCCAGGGAAAAUCCUUCGGAAUUUUGACUCUAUAUAAAACGUUAAGAGUUUUGGCAGGAUUUCUCGUGGGGUUAUUUGUGGGUUUAGUGAUAUCCUAUAUCAUCGUUAGGCCGAUCUUUGACGUACGUCAAAACGGCCUAAUGAUGAGGGAGGAGGCUAUCGUCGCCAGGGAACACGCGAUUUCAUACAGAGAGAAUGUCACUUUCGAGAGGGAGGAUAGUCUUGAUAGUCGGGAGACACAGCUCCACAUGGACGAGGAUGCUGUCUCCGAGAGGGAAAAAGCUGUGCGUGAUAGGGAGAACGCAGUCCACACGAAGGAAGACGCGAUGCGAGCAGACCAAGAGCGCAGGGAGCGCGCGCGCCUUUACUGGAGCGACCCGGUCGCGGAGCAGCGGUGCCUAGGCUACGAGAUGAGAAAGUAUCACGCAGAGUUGUUCAACAUCCCAGAAGGAGAGGAUACACAGAGGUGGUGCAUGGAGACGAGCAUCAAUAUUCACGGCAAGACGUAUGACCAUCCGGAUAUUUGCACUGAGGAAUAUGUAGACGGGAUUGUCAAGAUCGUUGCACAUUGGACUGUGAAGGGGAAUGAGCCGACAUGUCGGACGUGGUGGGGUAACCACGAGAAGAAGGAGUGCUUCGGUUCACACCAGCAGCGUGUCGAGGCUCACCUGUUUAACCACCAAGAGCCCUGGGACAAUUGGGCAGAGAUGUGCUUUUCUACUCCGUCGGACUUCGCAGAUCAGUCUUUCGCCCACCCUGACACCUGUGAGAGUAGGGAUGGAAUCGUUGGGACAUGGUUCAUCAACGUCGACUCCCACGAAUGCCCGUAA